ACUCUCUUUUACUCAAUUUUAUUUUAUUUAACAAACACCACACACACACACUCUCUCUCUCUCUUCCUUUUCUUCAUCUUCUUCUUCAUUCUUCUCUCUCAUUUCUCUCUCUCUGAUGUGAGGGUUGCACUGAGAAUAUGGAUUGAGAACUCUCUCUCUCUUUCUCUCUAUCUCUCCCUCUCCCUCUCUUUGUUUUACAGUACUAGUUUCUUUCAGAUCAAUCAGUUAGAGUACAGACAUAUUGAGUAAUUCACAACCCAUUGAGAGUUGAAGAAAUUUAUCCUAUUUUAGCGUCUUAGCAAUGGAAGAAACAAACUCGGUUGCUACACUGAUGGAUUCUACGUCUUCGAAGAUACAACAGCUGCAGAAGGCGUUUGCUGAACUCGAAAGUUAUCGAGCGGUUACUCUUAACAUGAAAUGGAAAGAACUGGAGGAACAUUUUCACGGGCUUGAGAAAUCCUUGAAGAGGCGCUUUCACGAAUUAGAAGAUCAAGAAAAAGUGUUUGAGAACAAAACACUGAAAGCUCGUGAAAUGUUGAAGAAGCAGGAAGCGGCUAUUUUUGCCCAGGAGCAAGCCACAUUGCAGAGGCUUCAAGAGAAAAGAGAUGCUGCUACAUUUGCGAUUGUAAAUGCUCGAGAAAAGCACAGGAAGGUUUCGCAAAAAGAUUUGGGCAUCGUCUCCAAUGGGGGUCAAUGUGCAUUACGUGUGGAGGAGAAACCGAUGGAUGCGGAUGCUAUUUCUAAUGUGACGGAAGGUCGCGUAGAAGAUGUGAAAGUUUCUCGUGAAGAUAGAAAUGUGGAAUUGAUCUCUUAUCCAGAAUUGGUAAAACUUUGUAAAGAGAUGGAUGUUUCUGGACUUCACAAAUUCAUAUCUGAUAACCGUAAGAACCUUGCUGCUAUAAGGGAGGAAAUACCACUUGCGUUAAGAGCUUCUCCUAAUGCUGCCUGUUUGGUGUUAGAUUCUUUGGAAGGAUUUUACUGCACGGAAGUGUCUAGUCAGGAUAUUAAGAAAGAUGCGAACUUAUUAGGUCUUCGCCGGACCUGUAUUAUGCUGAUGGAGUGUCUGAGUGAUUUCCUAACCGAUUUGCAUUCCGUUUCUAAUGUGAUUUCCAAAGAUAUCAAGGAUAGGGCAAAGGCAGUUGCUGAAGAGUGGAAGCCAAGAUUGGAUGCGCUUGACAUCGAUGCUAGCAAUGGGAAUUCCUUGGAGGCUCAUGCGUUUUUGCAACUCGUAGCUAGUUUUGAUAUUGCGUCUGGUUUUGAUGAGGAAGAGUUAUCCAGGCUAAUUCCAAUGGUGUCUCGGCGUCGCCAAACUGCUGAUUUAUGCCGUUGCCUUGGAUUAUCAGAGAAGAUGCCUGGUGUAAUUGAGGUUUUGGUGAACAGUGGGAGGCAAAUUGACGCGGUUAACUUGGCUUUUGCAUUUGAUCUGACAAAACAGUUUUCUCCUGUUUCACUUCUGAAAUCUUAUUUGAAGGAUGCUAGAAAUUCUUGCUCACCUGUCAAAAGGGGUAACUCAUCCCCUACCGCACAGAUUGAGGUUAAUGAACGAGAGCUGAUUGCUCAUAAAGCUGUAAUCAAGUGCAUUGAAGAACAUAAACUCGAAGAGCAGUAUCCUCUGGAACCUCUCGUGAAACGAGUAGUUCAACUAGAGAAGGCGAAAGCUGACAAAAAAAGGGAAACUGAAGCGACAAAGCCUCAACCAAAGAGACCUCGUGCUAACGGUGUAGGAUAUGGUCCCCGUGUCACUAACAACAUCCCUUCUGACAAAACUUCCUAUGCUAGAGUUGCUGCUGACAGGUACCCCCAAUAUGUGUACGACCGACCUUACAUGUACGCAGGACCAACCGACAAUCAUUGUCCCCCUAUCCUCGGCAACGCACAUUAUAACUUCUCUCAUAAUCAUGGAAACUACUUUGGAAAUGGCUAUCAGUACCAAGCUACAUAUCUUCACUAGUUAACUGAGUUAUGAGCAGGAGAUUAUGAACCUUUUGUUUAAUAUAUCUAGUAUUAACCUUUUUAAGAUGUUGUAUGUUGUACUUUUAAAAUGUAGACUUUUAAGAAUCACUAAAAAAGAGUAAACUGUCAUGUUAAUGUUUUAACUUUUGUACUAGAAGGUAUUCUGAUCCUCUAAUGUAUGAAUUCUGUUCUUGUUUUGUACAAACUUAUCUUAAUGUUGUCUUUGUAGUA